ACGUUCCCCUCAUUACAUCACCGCCAAAGCCCGCGAUUUUCUCAAAUGUCUUGCAGCAUCUGGCCACGAUCGUGAAACCAGCUCAAUUCCUGUCCCACCACCCAUCUUUCCCCGUUGCACAACACAAGCACCAUGUCGAAGACCAUCAUUGUCACCGGUGCCUCCAGAGGAAUCGGUCUCGCCAUCGCAAAAUACCUCCUCACCGCGCCCCAAUCCCACAAUGUCAUCGUGAUCGCCCGCAGCCGCGAACCUCUCCAGCAGCUCAAGGAACAAUACAGCAAGCAAGUGGAGGUUCUAAAUGGCGACCUGUCCGACUUUUCCCUCGGUCAGAAGGCCGUCGACCUAGCCCUCAAGUCCUUCGGUCGUCUGGACGGCAUGGUCCUGAACCACGGCAUCCUCGGCCAAGUGGGAAAAGUGAUUGAUGCGGAUCCGCAAGAAUGGAAGUCCGGGUUCGAUGUGAACUUUAUCAGUCUCGUUGCGUUUAUCAAAGCCGGUCUUCCCGCGCUUCGCGAAUCUAAGGGAAAAAUCAUCUUCACAUCGUCGGGUGCGGCAGUUACGGCAUACAGGGGUUGGGCUCUUUACGGUGCGACCAAGGCGGCCAUGAACCAUCUUGCUUUGAGCCUGGGUGACGAGGAGCCUGAGGUCACGACGAUUUCUAUUCGGCCCGGCAUGGUCGAUACCGAGAUGCAGCGGGAGUUGCGCGAGGUUCAUGUUACGAAUUUGGAGCCGCAGAUGCAUGCCAAGUUUACGACGGUGCAUAAGGAGGGCAAGCUUCUCAAGCCAGAGCAGCCGGGCCAUGUUAUGGCUAAGCUGGUUCUAGAUGCUCCUAACGAGCUGAGUGGAAAGUUCUUCACAUGGAACGACAAGACUCUUGAGGCUUUCCAGUGAUUACGGCUAGCUAUUCUGAUGAAGACAGUCAGUAUAUACCGUCGACAAACUCAAUAGAACGUAAUGAAGAAUAGAAUACAAGUCAGUCGAAAGAUGAAAAGCAGGUUAC